UGCAGAUUUUUCCCCCUCAUGGCAAUUGGAAGCUUAAUGCUGAACCUUGCUCUGGUCGUGAUCGUCUGUGUGCUGGCAGUGACUGUAAGGGAGCCAUCUUCAUGCCCAGCAGUCUGCUGUCCAAAUGGCUGGAUUGGAUACCAAGGGAAAUGCUACUAUUUUGCAAAGGCCGAACGGAACUGGACGUCUAGCAAGAUGCAUUGUUCUUCUCUCAAUGCCUCUUUGGCUGUGGUUGAUUCCCAAGAAGAGAUGGUCUUUAUGAUGCGCUACAAAGGCAAUGCAGACCACUGGAUUGGUCUCCAAAGAAAUCUAAGUCAGCCCUGGAAAUGGAUUAAUGGUACCAUUUUCAAUGACUGGUUUGCAAUUCUCGGAGGAGGAAGCUGUGCAUAUAUGAACCACGUCGGUAUUGCCAGCUCCAGCUGCUCAAGAGAAGAACCGUGGAUCUGCAGUAAACCACUUGUGAAGUGACAAAGGACAAAGAUCACUGCGUCCCUGCAGAAGAGACUUGCUCAGGUUCAAGAAGUAAUAACAGACCCAAAG